CGUCCUCCCUUUCCCGGCAUGCCCCGGGCGGGCCGCCAAGAUGGCGGGACGGUGGUGGCGGCAGGUCGCCUGGCAGCGAGCGGUGCUGUUGAGCGGCCGAUACGGCUUACGGCUGCGCAGCGAGGCGAGCGGCAGGUAUUGUUCAGGAAGUGCACCACUUCAGAAGACUGACGCUGACCCAGGAGUUACCGAAGAAAUUGUUAUUCCGAGAAAGAAAACUUGGGAUAAACUAGCAGUUCUUCAAACACUAGCAGCUACAGUGAACCGGGAUCCUACAGCUGCACAUUAUAUGUUUCAAGAUGACCCCUACCUUCUCCCAAGAAGUUAUUCUGAGUUUCGUUUAUUUUCGUUAUCCAAGGAGUCUGGGAAAAAUGUUGCAAAAUACAUGGUUAAUGAAUUCCCUCAAUUCUUUGAGAAGGACUUUGCGGAGCCUCAUAUACCGUGCUUGAUGCCAGAGAAUCUUGCACCUCAGAUUGAAGAAGUGAGCGAGGCAGCCCUUAAAGAACGUAUCCAGCUCAGAAAAGUGAAAGCUUCUGUGGACAUGUUUGAUCAGCUCCUGCAAACAGGUACCACCUUAUCUCUGGAGACAUCGAACAGUCUUCUGGAUCUCUUAUGUUUCUAUGGAGAUAGAGAACCUGCUAGAGAAGACCAGCCUGAUCAAAAGAAGGAGCUGGAAGAACCAGAGGAAGAAACUCCAGAUCAGAGGAAACAGAGGGGACGCUCAUGGAAGGCCUCAGGCUUCAUAGGCCCUAAGUGGAGGGAGAACAACAAUGCCGAAAGGAUAUUUAAUCUAAUGCCAGAGAAAAAUGCACACUCCUAUUGCACAAUGAUCAGAGGAAUGGUGAAGCAUGGGGCUUGCGUGAGGGCUCAUGAUAUGUAUGUAGAUUUGCUGAAUGACAGGCACACCGCUGAUGUGUACACCUUCAAUGCACUAAUUUCAGCAGUUCCACAAGUGAAGGAAAAUUACACUGAAAGAUGGGAACUUGUUAAAGAGUUGCUGAAUCACAUGGUUGAACAGAAGGUGCAGCCAAAUCUAUUAACUUUUAAUGCUGUUUUGAAAACCCUGAGGAAAUGUGGAAAUAUGGCCAAGGGUCUCUCCCUUAGAGUACUGAGGGAAAUGAAAGCACUUGACAUAGAACCCAGCCUUGCAACAUUUGAACACCUCCUUGCUAUAUUUCAUAAAUCCGGUUCAAUGGAAAUCCUCUAUGAGGUGAUGGAUGAAAUUGAAGGAAAGACUUUUGUUGCUCAGGAUCCAGAAGAUGCCAAUUUCUUCGUCAGUGCAAUGCGAAUGUGCCUCAAUCUUAAAGAUGUUGAGCUUGCGUACAGAUUGCAUAAAGUAAUGGAGACAGGUGACAAUUGGAAACUGAUAGGAGAUGCACAGCAUCUAUCUCUCUAUUGUGCAAAGUUCUUUACUCUGUUGUGUAUGAUGGAACAACUGGAUGUCAUAUUGAAGUGGUAUAAAGAACUAGUCCCUUCGCACUUCUACCCAGAUGCUCGAGCAAUGUGGGCUUUCCUUCAAGCAUUGGACACGGCCAACCAUUUGGAAAUGGUCCCUCAGAUUUGGAAAGAUAUCAAACAGCUUGGGCUUAGCAACAGACUUGAACUGUUGGAGGAGGUGUUGGCUCUGAUGGCCAGGGAAAUGCACCCUCAGGAGACUCAGAUGUCAUUUGCCGACUGUGCUGCAGAUGUCAAAUCUGUUUUUGAAACUCGAGAAAGGAACCAGGUCCCAUUAGGGUGGACAGCGAGUACUCUUGGUAAUGUGGCCAUACUGUUCUCAAGGGUAGGAAGAACCCAGGAAGCCUGGAACAUGCUGGAGCUUUUCAAAAAAAGCAAUAGAAUCCCCAGUGACAAGGUGGUGAACGAGUUCUUGACCUGCACUAAACAAAGCAACAGUCCAGAUCAGGCAGUUGAGCUAGUGAAGUUGGCUGCUGCCUACAGUCUACCAACAACUGCAAAGCUGGCAAGAAGGGUCAGAGAGGAGUUUGAACUGUCUGAAGAGCAGAAGAAGGCUCUGGAAGCUGCUGAGCCCCAGUGCAGUGACAGCAGUGACAGCGACAGUGACUAGAAGACCCGUUUCUCUCCAAAACAAAGAACGGGAGCAGUUUCUCACUAGUACUGCCUGUUUGGGCUGCUUUAGAAAACUGCACUAGUGAUGUCACAUCUCUCCAACCCGUGGACACAUUAGACUAAACGACACUAGACAUAUGAGGCUUAAAGUGUUCUGCUUGUGGUGAUACCUUGUUCCUACCACCAUCCUCAAACCGGUUAGCAGGAAAGAGCUUUCACCAUCUCUAAUUGCUCCCCUCCUACUCAUGUCCGGAGAGAUGAAAGGAGACCUGCUGUUCUGGACCAGAUCACAUCUCUAAAAGCCUUACUGAGACAAUUACCUGUUUUCUGUUGAUUUUGUUUGUGUGUAACAUAGCCUUAACUACGGUGUUUCACUUUUACAUGAAACAUUCCCUCCACCUCACUGUAUUACUCAGUGCUGAGAUACUCCACAGCAUAAAGGAGCGGAGCUGAUCUGUGGAGACUCCCCUGGAGGCUUGAUUAUGGAUCCUCUCCUCUCUUGGAUUCAGGAAUGGGCUUUGGGGGUCAGAGUUGCAACAGCUGCUGAACUGUGAGCUUGAGAUUCCCUCUCCUCUGCAGGCUGAGGCUGUGCUUCCUACCUUAAAAUGUACAGGGAUGUCAAUUAUAAAAAUGCUACUUCACUCCAGCGUGCAUGGGCAGUGCUGUCUGUGAGACUGGAUUGGUUCCUUCUAACUAUUUCUAGGAUUGUUUUCCCUACCACACCAUACCCCAAAGGGCAGUUUAACCUUCCAGGUUCUGCUGAGGGAAGCAGCAGCUUUUCUUGGUCUUUUAAUUUGGCUUCUUAGAGGUGAGAGAGAUGAUUCACUUGGGUAGUUUGAAGAGCCUUAAGGUCUCAUUAAUCCUCAUUUCCCCAUCUACCACUCUAGUAUGACUAUAUGCUCAGGAGCACACACUUAAUUCUUAGCAGAAAUGAGAAAGGGGUUUGAGGGCAGCAAGCUGUGACUGCUUAGAGGAAAUAAGGAAGAAUGCACCUACAUGACCGUUUGAAUAGCCUCAACAAUAUAAAUUACAAGUAAUGGAUAUAAGAGGAAAAAUGGCUGGCAGCUACAGGAACAGGCUCCUGCCAUGUGUCUCACAACCUUAGACUAAGCAAAGUGAGGGCAACUCUGUUCUCUCUUCCCUUAUCCCCAGUGCCAUCUGUACAGCUAACAUAAGCAAAAAUUGGUGCAAGGGAGAAACCUAAUCAGCCAAUAGAGAGAAUAACUGGCUGCUACAUCUUUCAUCCAUGUGUGCUUGCAGUGCUAUCUUGGAUUGCAGCUGUUUUGUUUAGGUACUGCUAACUAGGUUUAUAUGAAGCUGAACUAGAGCAGGCAGUGGAACAUUUUCCUAUAUGGGAGUCCUACUAAAGCCACAACUUUUGAAAAUGACAGUGAAUAGGAAGUUUUAUGGUGGGGUAAAAAAU